CAGCUGCGCGCGCGCAGAACGCGUGACGGGCGCGCGGCAAAAGCCAAAUCUCGGGCGGGGAGUGAGUGAGCUCACGAGACGCGCUUCGAGCGCAGUCGACGCCGGCCUCUUUCGGGGGCGCUCUCUCGUGGCAGCCGAGACCGAGGCCACUUUUACGAGGCGCGAAGAACCCUUAGCCUGUGUAAGAGCCCGGCCGGGCCCGGGAAGUUCUUGGGUAUGAGGUAACGGCCCUCAGCGGCCUGGUUCUCCCCUGAGGUGCGCGCAUCGUUGCCUUAAUUUUCCGAGGGAGAGUUACAGCCCCGGCGCCGGCGCUCCGCAGCCGCACCCCCAACCCCGAGGGCCAGGCCGUGGCCGCUUGCGGGCCGCGAGGGUGCGAGGGAGGGCGGGGGCGCGCCGGUGCAGACCCGCCUCCCGGGCCGAGCGGCGCGGGGCGCGGAGCUGCCUCUGGCCGCACCCCCUCCUGGAACACCCCCCUCCCCACUCCCUCUUGGGACACCUCCCCCACUUGGGACACCUCCCCCACUUGGGACCCCCUCCCGCCCCGGGAAGGAAAGCUGCGCUCGGGUCUGCAGCCUCCCUCGGACCCAGGCUUCGCGGUUGCCAUGAAAGCAAGACUUGUCCCAUGGAGACAUUUCUUGCCCGUCGUGUCUUCGGGAUCUCAGCGAGUUUCUGCCUUCUAAGGCCUGACUGCACCUCGGGGGUAGAGACUGGAGUCACGGCCCUCGGUGAGGCGUCUGUGUUCACUGAAUCUUGGCAUCGGAGAAAGUGGAAGGAUUCCAGCGCCCGUAGCUGCCUGUACCUCCUCGGCUUUUCUGAACCUGAUUCCUUCGUUUGCGCACCCGCAGGCUAUCGUUUGGAAGUAUGAGUUUAAAACCCUUCACCUACCCGUUUCCAGAGACGAGGUUUCUUCACGCAGGACCCAAUGUGUAUAAAUUCAAAAUUAGAUACGGCAACAGCAUCAGAGGGAAAGACAUAGAGAAUAAGGAAGUCAUCGUCCAGGAGCUGGAGGAUUCUAUUCGUGUAGUCUUGGGAAACUUGGACAAUCUGCAGCCAUUUGCUACAGAGCACUUCAUUGUAUUUCCCUAUAAAAGCAAAUGGGAGAGAGUGUCCCACCUGAAAUUCAAGCAUGGGGAAAUUGUCUUGGUCCCCUACCCAUUUGUUUUCACUCUAUAUGUGGAGAUGAAAUGGUUUCAUGAAAACCUGUCACCUGGGGAGCCAAUAAAUGACAGUCCUCUUGGCUUGGUCCUAGCAGAGAGGAAAGCAGCAGGAGCCAUGACGAGGAAACGAAAACGAGUGGAAGUGCCCAGCUCCCCCAGCAGGCCAGCGCUGGACAGGACCAAGAUGGGGAUUUCCAGCCAAGGCCCCAGCAAAAAGAAGCCCCUUAUGGAUACCAGGAGGAAUGGAGAAAGAAAAACCCAGCAGGAAUGGCAGGACACCCCAACAUUUAACACCACUGAUAUCCAGGAACAGGAUUCUAAGUGGGAGGACAGCCUAGCCCAGCAGAUCAUCCCCCCACUGCAGCAAAACCAUCCACCUCCACCUAAAGGACCCCCAGAGCUGGGAACCAGUGGCUUCUUUGGGUUUCUAAGAUCUCUCUUCCCCUUUCGCUAUUUCUUCAGAAGGAGCAGCCAGUGAGCCUUCCAGAUGCAGCAGGGGAAGAGUGUCCUCUCGCACUGACUUUUCACAUUCCGGCCUCUGUCAUGGGGAACGCGGGCUCCAAACUCCCGGCGUCCCCUUGUGGGUUUGUCUUAUCCUUUGCCCCUUUACAAUGG